AGCUGUUUUUAGUCGACCUGCCGGAGAGUUCAAGUGCUCUCUUGGAUAAAUGUACCUUUGACUUUUAUUUUUGAAAUAACUGAUAUUUUCUUAUUUUUAUUUAUCCAAGGGGCAUUCACUUUUAAGGAUAAACCCUUAUAAUUUAGAUUUCUGACUUUUUAUAAUAUUUUUUAUUCAAGCAUUGUUACUGUAUAAGCCAUGGCCUCAGGCAGCGAGCCUCUGGAGAUAACAGGCAGCGAGCUGGUGCACAUCCUGAGGACGCCCCGGGACCAGUACACCUCUGACGGCUGCGUGCUGCUGGACUGCAGACCUUUCCUCGACUUCUCCAAGGCGCACAUCUGCGAGUCCCGCAACGUCAACUGGAAUUCCAUGCUGCGCCGCAGAUCCAAGAGCUCGGUGGUGGCCCUGGAGUGGCUGAUCCCGGACAAGACGCUGCUGGCCCGGCUGCGGGCCGGCCGCUUCUCCCCGCUGGUGGUGGUGGAUGAGAGGAGCGGCUCGCUGGCCGAGCUGAAGGCGGAGAGCGUGGCCCAGAUGCUGCUCACCGCGCUCCAGAACGAGGUCCAGGCGCACAUCUGCUUCCUGCAAUGUGGAUUUGAGAGAUUUUCCGAGGUAUUUCCAGAGCUUUGCUACAACUCUGGCAGCAGUCACCUCUCUACAAUGGAACCAGAAAAAGCAGUGACAGGCCGGAGCACACCAGCAUAUGAUCAGGGUGGCCCAGUGGAGCUGCUCCCCUUCCUGUUCUUGGGCAGCGCCCUGCACUCCUCCCGCAGGGAGACGCUGGCAGCAGCGGGGAUCACGGCGGUGCUCAACGUGUCCUCCACCUGUCCCAACGUGUACGAGGGCGAGUUCCAGUACCUGCGACUCACCGUGGAGGACACGCUGGCCGCCGACAUCGGGGCCUGUUUUCACACAGCCAUAGCUUUUAUCGACUCAGUGAAGCAGAGUGGGGGUCGGGUGCUGGUGCAUUGUCAGGCCGGCAUCUCUCGCUCAGCCACCAUCUGCCUGGCCUACCUCAUGCACACGCAGCGUGUCCGGCUGGACGAGGCUUUUGACUUUGUGAAGCAGCGGCGCCGGGUCAUCUCGCCUAAUCUGGCUUUCAUGGGACAGCUGCUGCAGUUUGAGACUGACAUCCUCUGUCAGGGUUGAAGACAACAGACACUAUGGAAAUCUGCUUCAAGUUAACUUUUCCACCCACGUGGCAUUGUGCCAGAUUUGAAACACUAUGAGGACUCCAGUCAUGCGUGCAAUUGUUUUUGUGCUAUUGAAGGUGGUGUGUUUCCGAUGGGGAUAGUUUGUGGAUCCAGAGAAACUUGUGCUGCUGGCAUCACAUAACUGGAUUUUUCUUUUCUGUCUUUUUUAUUCUCUCUCUUCAAACAGAAGCCGACAAAUUUGCUGUUAAUGCAACAAGAGAAGUUGGCAAUAUGAAACCUCAAUGUAAUAACUAAUUCAUAAAUUAACUGCAAUCCUGAGCCAACGAAGGUGGAGCAGCUAUGAAGUAAUUUCCCUCAUGUUUUCCUUCAGGGACGUUGUUCAGAUUUGUGUUUGUUUGACUUGUGUGCCUGUUUUUAUUUGUAAGGGCUGCCAUUUCCAGACAGCUGCACCCGUAUUUUAUGAGACGACACCUUUAUCUUGUUACAGCAAUAGUAGAUGAAACUCCAAGUUUUGGUGUUGAAUUUGUUUUUGAAAAAAUAAAAAUGCACUAACGGGUGUCCGGAUCAGUCUGUGAGAUGACACUCAAGCUGAAAGAUGUUUUUUUUAUCAUGUAAAUAUAAAUUUAUUUAUUGAAUUUUUCAAAGAGACUGUUACCUUGUUGAUGUGUGUUUCCAAUGACCUGUAAGGUUUUUUGUAUCCCUGCUAUUU